CACAAGUAAAUUACUCUCUUAAACAAUUCUAGAACAUCAGCCCACAAAAACAAACUUCUUUAAGACUUCCAUACAACUUUCCAACAAUUGCACUUAGUAACCAUUAUUUAAAAAUGCAAAUGAAUGCUCACAACUUUGAUCUCAGACUGCACUCUGCAGCCUCCAUGGCUUAGGUUGUAUGCAACUUAAAUAAUAGAGAAAGAUCUAACAAAUAGUCCAUGUUUUACACAAUUAUAUAGGGGGUAAUCGAUCGGAAAAUGCAGGGGCUUAGUUAUUGAUGAUGCCAACUUCCCGCCUAGGAACCUUCAGCCGCGUGAUUGGAAAAUGCAGGGGGUAAUCAAUCUGACGACAGAUGCAGCGGCGUUGAGAUCGAGUAGCUCGCACGCGGGCGGAGUAGUAAUGGUAAUGGAGAACGGGGAAGGGAAGGGAGACCUCACCGGGGCACUCGCCGGCAGGGGCUCGCCCAAUCGGAGGGAAAUGGCGACGGGGAACGGUGCUGGGGAAGAUGGCGACGGCGACGGGUCUGGGGAAGAUGGCGACGGCGCUGGGGAAGCUGAAGUGCAGUCUAGAUGCGACGGCGACGGCGCUGGGGAAGCUGAAGUGCAGUCUAGAUGCGACGGCGACGACGCUGGGGAAGAUGGCGACAACGCUGGGGAAGAUGGCGAUGGGAUUUGGAGUUCGAAAGUGGCGCUUCCUUGUCUCCAGACUCUCCACGAAGAAGAAGAUGGAGAAUUAAAAUUGGGAAUUAGGGUUCUGUAGACAGCCCGACCCCGACCCACCUUCCCCUUUAAUUUUCGAUCUUUUGGUUUUUAAUUUUUUUUAAUUAAAUCAACCGGCCGAAUGUAAAAAACCGGACGACCGGUUCGAGCGGUUAACCGCUUCGGCCGCUCGCCGACCGCCCCAGAGAACCAGUCCGAAUAAAUAGCUGAUCCGAGCCUGUUUUGUGCCCGGUUGGCGGUUUUGGCGGCCCGGCCGGCCGGCUCGGCUUUCACAACACUGGUUUGAAUGGAUGUGUUUAUCUAGUUGAUUCUAUUGCUAUUCUGUCUUUGAUUAUGUUUGGGUAAGUCGCCCUAAUCUUUAUGCUUCUACCAUGGGUAUGGAUUUUUAGGGUUAAACAGGUAUGUGACAUCAAACAAAUCAAGAUAGAUGUAUGAAUAGGGACCUAUGGUGGUCGAGGAGACCGAACCCCUGCUGUAGGUUAGCCUUCCUAGAUAGAACCCAGGAUAAACCUCGGUGUGUACGGUGGAUAGUGUCCAUUGCAAUGAGCCAUAAGCUUAAUGCCCCGUAUACGAUAGUGUAGAUCGAGGUGACUAUAUAUGGGUUUAGGGGAGGCUUACUCGGAGGCGUGUGGAAAGCCCACGGAAAAGAGCUCACUCACCAUAUUCGAUAAUCCUAAGUAUUUAUGCAUGCAUAGGGGGUAUGAUUAGUUCCUCGAAGUACCUACUUUUAGCUUUGAUCAAUCUCUACUCUAGUUAUUUCCUCAACUCCUCCACUCAACCCUCCAAAACCAAUUAACUAAUUACCACAUAAUUCAUGCAGGUUGAGCCAAAAAAUGUGCCUCGGCUGCCAAUUUUGGAGAGUCCCAGAUCAACCCGGAUUUGAGAGAAUAUGCCAUACUUGGAGGCUAAGCUCUAGAUAAACCUAUAAGAUUUGG